AUGGCGUCUCCUCCGCCCGCGAAGCGAUACAAGUCCGAGUCGACGACGCCUGCCAGCGAUGCCGGUCGCUCAAGGUACUACUCACAGUCGGUCCCGAUGAGUGAACGAGCCCGGUCGCGACAAACAUCCACGGCAAUGGACAUUUAUGUUAUUACGGAUAGAGAUCCUGCCGAGAGAGAUCGCCGAGUCGGUCGCUUUACUAGCCAUGGGUCGGUUGCGUCUCAGGCGUCGCAUACCUCUCACACCUCCCGCUCGUCACCACCGGUGAUUCUCAGCAAUCAUAAAUACCCCGAGCGGUACCCGUGUUACAAAGAGAACGGGCGGACAUACCAUGGCUAUCGAAAAGGAAUGUAUAUGCUUCCGUGCGACGACGAAGAGCAGGAUCGCCUCGAUAUCUUCCACAAAGUAAUGACGGUUGCUCGCGUGUCGGAUGGGCUGAUCUAUGCGCCGCAUCCCAGUACCUCGCGAAUCCUCGACUUGGGAUGCGGCACGGGAAUUUGGACGAUCGAAAUGGCGACCAAAUAUCCGGAUUCUUUUGUGGUUGGGGUCGAUCUGGCUCCCAUCCAGCCCGCGAAUCACCCGAAGAAUUGCGACUUUUACGCCCCAUUUGACUUUGAGAGCCCCUGGACGAUGGGCGAGGAUUCAUGGGAUGUCAUUCAUAUGGGGAUGGGCAGUGGCAGUGUCGCCAGCUGGCCCAGUCUGUAUCGACGAAUCUUCUCCCACCUCCGCCCAGGCGCCUGGUUCGAGCAGGUGGAGAUCGACUUUGAACCGCGCUGCGACGACCGUUCCUUGAGCGGGUUGGCUCUCCGCCAUUGGUAUCAGGCGCUCAAACACGCGACGGAAUCCACCAUGCGACCCGUGGCGCAUAGCUCCCGCGAGACGAUCCGGAAUUUGCAGGAAGCGGGCUUCACCGAGAUCGAUCAUCAAAUGGUGGGAUUGCCGUUGAAUGCCUGGCAUAACGAUGAGCAUGAGCGCAAGGUUGCUCGCUGGUACAACCUGGCCAUUUCCGAGAGCGUUGAGCCGCUGAGUUUGGCUCCGUUCAGUCGUGUCUACGCGUGGCCGAUUGAUAAGAUCCAGCGCAUUGCGGCAGACGUGAAACGCGAAGCCUUUGACAAGGAUAUCCACUGCUACAAUAUCCUCCAUAUAUACCAGGCCCGCAAGCCCCUCGCUAAAUGA